GCGUAGCGCCAUUUUGGUGUGGGGCAGGUGGUGGCUGCGCGGAUUUGUAGGUAACUAAGCCAGUUGUUUGCACAAACAAAACGCCAACGGUCGAAACGGUGUUUUUGUUAAAGCGAUAAAGUCAGCAGCCUCUUCUAUCUCCUCAGCAUGGUUCGCUGACGCCGCCCGGGGAACAAACCCGGCUCAGGCGCGGCGGCGCCAUGGCGGGGAACAGCCUGGUGCUGCCCAUCGUGCUGUGGGGCCGCCGCGCGCCCACCCACUGCAUCUCCUCCCUGCUGCUCAUGGACCAGCCGCCCGUCAUCGUCACCGGCUGCCACGACGGCCAGAUCUGCCUCUGGGACCUCUCGCUGCACCUGGAGAUUAAUCCCAGAGCUCUGUUGUUCGGGCACACCGCCUCCAUCACGUGUCUGUCCAAGGCCUCGGCUUCCAGCGACAAGCAGUACCUGGUCAGCGCCUCGGAGAGCGGGGAGAUGUGUCUGUGGGACGUGAAUGACGGGAGGUGCAUAGAGUUCACCAAGCUGGCCUGUACCCACACGGGCAUCCAGUUCUAUGAGUUUACCGUUGGGACUCAGCGCGAGGGGAGACUGUUGUGCCACGGGCAUUAUCCGGAAAUUCUGGUUGUGGAUGCCACCAGCCUUGAAGUUCUCUACUCUUUGUUAUCAAAGAUAUCUCCCGACUGGAUCAGCUCCAUGACUAUCAUUCGAUCCGAUAGAACACAAGAGGACACGGUUGUGGCGGUUUCGGUGACUGGCAUCCUCAAAGUGUGGAUCAUCACCUCCGAAGUUAGUCGCAUGCAGGAUACAACACCGGUAUUUGAAGAGGAGUCCAAACCGAUCUAUUGCCAGAACUGCCAGAGCGUUUCCCUGUGCGCGUUCACGCAGCGCUCGCUGCUCGUGGUGUGCUCCAAGUACUGGCGGGUUUUUGAUGCGGGAGAUUAUUCCCUCUUGUGUUCCGUCCCGAGCGAAAACGAUCAGACCUGGACUGGUGGCGACUUUGUGUCAGCUGAUAAAGUGAUUGUAUGGACUGAAGAUGGACAAAGCUUCAUAUAUAAAUUACCAGCCAGCUGCCUGCCAGCCAGCGAUUCAUUUCGCAGAGACGUGGGGAAAGCAGUAGAAAAUGCAAUUCCGCCGUUACUGUACAGCGUGUUGGACAGAGCAGAUAAACAGCUACUGAUUUGUCCUCCAGUGACCCGGUUCUUCUGUGGCCAUGGGCAGUUUUCCUACAAGCUGUUGGUGCAGGGCGACUCCUCGGGCAGGCUGUGCAUUUGGAGCGUGCCCGAGGCGCUGGACCAGCCGGGCAGCGCGACAGGACUGCCAACAACGACCUCAGUGUCCCUCCAGGAGGCCUUUGAUAGACUCAGUCCUCGGCCUGCGGGGAUAAUCGACCAGCUGAGCGUGGUGCCGAGCGCGAGCGAGCCGCUGCGGGUGACGGCCAGCGUGUACAUCCCCGCGCACGGGCGCCUGGUGUGCGGCCGCGAGGACGGCAGCAUCGUCAUCGUGCCCGCCACGCAGACGGCCAUCGUGCAGCUGCUGCAAGGGGAGCACAUGCUCAGGAGAGGUUGGCCACCUCACCGGACCCUCCGCGGCCAUCGAAACAAAAUUACAUGUUUACUGUAUCCUCAUCAGGUUUCCUCUCGUUAUGAUCAAAGGUAUUUGAUCUCAGGUGGUGUGGAUUUCUCAGUCAUCAUAUGGGAUAUAUUUUCUGGCGAGAUGAAACAUAUCUUCUGUGUGCAUGGUGGAGAAAUUACACAGCUUCUAGUUCCGCCAGAAAACUGUAGUGCGAGAGUCCAGCACUGCAUCUGCUCUGUCGCCAGCGAUCACUCGGUAGGACUCCUCAGCCUGCGGGAGAAGAAAUGCAUCAUGCUGGCGUCCCGCCACCUUUUCCCCAUCCAGGUGAUCAAGUGGAGACCUUCUGACGACUACCUGGUGGUGGGCUGUUCCGAUGGGUCCGUGUACGUCUGGCAGAUGGACACUGGAGCGCUGGACAGGUGCGUGAUGGGGAUCACGGCGGUGGAGAUCCUGAACGCCUGCGACGAGGCGGUGCCGGCGGCCGUGGACGCGCUGAGCCACCCCGCCGUCAACCUGAAGCAGGCCAUGACCCGCCGCAGCCUGGCCGCGCUCAAGAACGUGGCGCACCAGAAGCUGCAGACGCUGGCCACCAACCUGCUCGCCUCCGAGGCCUCCGACAAGGGGAAUUUACCUAAAUACUCCCAUAACUCCCUGAUGGUCCAAGCUAUAAAGACCAACCUAACGGACCCAGAUAUCCACGUGCUGUUCUUCGACGUGGAAGCCCUGAUCAUCCAGCUGCUGACCGAGGAGGCCUCCAGACCCAACACGGCGCUCACCGCUCCGGAGAGCCUGCAGAAGGCUGCCGGAGCAUCCGACAAAGGAGGCUCCUUCCUGGCCGGCAAGCGAGCAGCCGUCCUCUUCCAGCAGGUCAAGGAAACCAUCAAAGAGAACAUAAAAGAGCAUCUUCUUGAUGAUGAAGAUGAGGAUGAAGAGUCGAUAAGACAGAGGAGAGAAGACGGUGACCCAGAAUAUCGCUCCAGCAAAUCUAAACCGUUAACUUUAUUAGAGUAUAACCUGACCAUGGAUACAGCGAAGCUUUUUAUGUCCUGCCUUCAUGCCUGGGGCCUCAAUUCUGUUCUGGAUGAGCUUUGCCUCGAUCGCCUCGGCAUGCUGAAGCCGCACUGCUCGGUGUCCUUCGGGCUCCUGUCCCGGGGAGGCCACAUGUCCCUGAUGCUCCCGGGCUACAACCAGCCCGUGGGGCAGCCCUCGUGCGGGGCGGAGGGGGCCCGCAAGGCGUCCCUCACCGAGGGGCUGGGCAAGGGCACGUACGGCGUGUCGCGCGCCGUCACCACCCAGCACCUGCUCUCCGUCAUCUCGCUGGCCAACACGCUGAUGAGCAUGACCAACGCCACCUUCAUCGGGGACCACAUGAAGAAAGGGCCCAGCAGGCCCCCUAGGCCAGGCACCCCCGAGAUGUCCAAAGCGAAGCCACCCCCUUCCGCUUCCAGUCAUGCGGCCCAAGGACAAAUUAAGCAAGUCGCUCCUGCUGUUCCCUCCAGCACUGAAGCUGGGCCCUCUGGCUCUGACACUGCUCCUCCUUUACAUACCUGUUUCUUAGUCAAUGAAGGCUGGAGCCAGCUGGCCGCCAUGCACUGCGUGAUGCUGCCCGACCUGCUGGGCCUCGACAAGUUCCGCCCGCCGCUGCUGGAGAUGCUGGCGCGCCGCUGGCAGGACCGCUGCCUCGAGGUGCGGGAGGCGGCGCAGGCCUUGCUGCUGGCCGAGCUGCGGCGCAUCGAGCAGGCGGGGCGCAAGGAAACCAUCGACGCCUGGGCUCCUUACUUACCGCAGUACAUCGACAGCGUUAUAUCGCCGGGGGUGCCCACGGAGGCCGUGCAGCCCGGGAGCGCCAGCCCGGACACGCUGGGCGCCGAGGCCAAGGCGCAGGAGGAGGAGCACGACCUGGCCGACGACGACAUCGCCGCAGGUUGUCUGUCCGGCCUCCCCCAAAUGAAGAAGAUGUCGACGUCGUACGAGGAGCGGCGGAAGCAGGCGACGGCCAUCGUCCUGCUGGGCGUGAUCGGCGCCGAGUUCGGGGCCGAGAUCGAGCCGCCGAAACUGCUCACGCGGCCGCGGAGCUCCAGCCAGAUUCCCGAGGGCUUCGGUCUGACCAGCGGCGGGUCCAAUUACUCCCUGGCGAGGCACACGUGCAAGGCGCUGACGUUCCUGCUGCUGCAGCCGCCCAGCGCCAAGCUGCCGGCGCACAGCACGGUGCGCAGGACCGCCAUCGACCUCAUCGGCCGCGGCUUCACCGUCUGGGAGCCCUACAUGGACGUGUCGGCCGUGCUCAUGGGGCUGCUGGAGCUCUGCGCCGACGCCGAGAAGCAGCUGGCCAACAUCACAAUGGGGCUGCCCCUGAGCCCGGCGGCCGACUCGGCGCGCUCGGCGCGGCACGCGCUGUCGCUCAUCGCCACGGCCCGCCCGCCCGCCUUCAUCACCACCAUCGCCAAGGAGGUGCACAGACACACGGCCCUGGCCGCCAACACGCAGUCCCAGCAGAACAUCCACACCACCACCCUGGCCCGGGCGAAAGGGGAGAUCCUCAGAGUCAUCGAGAUCCUCAUCGAGAAGAUGCCGACCGACGUGGUGGACCUGCUGGUGGAGGUGAUGGACAUCAUCAUGUAUUGCCUGGAAGGGUCUUUGGUUAAGAAGAAGGGUCUUCAGGAAUGCUUUCCAGCCAUCUGCAGGUUCUACAUGGUGAGCUACUACGAGCGCAGCCACCGGAUCGCGGUGGGAGCGCGGCACGGCUCCGUGGCGGUCUACGACAUCCGCACCGGCAAGUGCCAGACCAUCCACGGGCACAAGGGCCCCAUCACGGCCGUGGCGUUCGCCCCCGACGGCCGCUACCUCGCCACCUACUCCAACUCCGACAGCCACCUCUGCUUCUGGCAGAUGAACACGUCUCUCCUGGGGAGCAUCGGCAUGCUCAACUCCGCGCCCCAGCUCCGCUGCAUCAAGACCUACCAGGUGCCGCCGGUGCAGCCGGCCUCGCCGGGCUCCCACAACGCACUGCGCCUGGCGCGGCUCAUCUGGACCUCCAACCGCAACGUCAUCCUCAUGGCGCACGACGGCAAGGAGCACCGCUUCAUGGUCUAGGGGAACCCCCUCAUCAUCCUCAUGGCGCACGACGGCAAGGAGCACCGCUUCAUGGUCUAGGGGAACCCCCUCAUCAUCCUCAUGGCGCACGACGGCAAGGAGCACCGCUUCAUGGUCUAGGGGAACCCCCUCAUCAUCCUCAUGGCGCACGACGGCAAGGAGCACCGCUUCAUGGUCUAGGGGAACCCCCUCAUCAUCCUCAUGGCGCACGACGGCAAGGAGCACCGCUUCAUGGUCUAGGGGAACCCCUCGUCGUCCUCAUGGCGCACAACAACAAGGAGCACCACUUCAUGGUCUAGGGGAACCCUUGCUGCUGUGGCGCUCCUCACCAUGCCUGCGCUGACACCGGUGGUUCCCUUGCGGCGGGAGGAUGGGGAUGGCGCUGGGGACAGCUCCUGCGUGGCACGGAGCAGCAGGACUGGUGUCACCGUGGCAGCAUCCUCAGGAUCACCCUGGCUGUGCCAGCGGCCGAAUCCAGCCCCUCGCUGGAUGUGGGUUCUGCCGCUGCCCUCCUAACCACACAUUUCCUUGGACACUCGCAGAAUCUCAGUGUUUACCAAAAAGCUGGUGUUUACAUGUACUGUCUGCAGUGAGCGCUGAAGGAGGUGGGGCCGUGGAGCCCCGGGGUGCGCGGGGGGCUCCGUGCCGGGGGGUUCUCACCCAAAGCCUCGGUUUCCGAGGACAGGAAGCGCUGCUGUGCCCAGUCACUGUUUGCUGUUGUCUGCAAGAAACAGUCCACGUGUACAGAACAAAAAAUGUCUUUAAGGUGGAAUAGCAAACUUGAAAAAAGGAGUAUUUAUAUAUAAGGGUGUUUUUCUUUACCAAUGCAGGUAUUUAUUUAAAAAAAGAAAAAGAAGAUAAAAAGCGUUUUCUUCCGAAAGCCGCCGCCGUUUGUGCCGGGCCGUGCGGGGCAGCGAGACGCCGCACCCGCGGUGGCACCGCCGCGCUGGCCUGGCGGGGACCGGGGCAGGCGGCACAGACGGCAGCGGUGGGAGCCGUUCUGGCUGGAAGAACGGCGAGGGGUAAGUUAUUGGAGUGGAUGUAUUGGUACGUGUCCUUCCUGUGCAACGGUAGCUGUGACUGUGUUUCCCUCUUCUUACAUAUCUAAUUCUGUGAAAUAUUUAAUAGUGUGCAAGUGUGCUGCUUUAUGCUCACAGGAAAGAAAAAAAUCUAUAAAAUACUAUUUUAUUUAAACAUAUUGAUGUAUAUGUUUGUAUAGCUUUUUCUUUGCUGUUUUUGUCUGAAAAGCUCACCGAGGGCGGCUGUCUUUGCAUAAUAGAGUGAAAAUGGUACUUGUAGAAUCUUCCCUUCCCCAAAAAGGAAUAAAUGAAUUUUAAAAAUGGCUUCUAAAUAUAAAGAACAUGGAUUUUUUUAGGUGUCUGUGUAGUACACUGUACAUGGAGGUGAGAUUGACAGUCUGGAAGAUACAUAUCUGCUUGCUGUUUAAAAAUAAUAAAUCUAUAUAUAUAAAAAGCAAGAAAUUAAGACCAUUAGGAAUGUUUAACACAAACUGCCGUCAAGUUUAAUCUCUUCUCCGGCGGGAAUGUAGUGUCUGGUGGAGAGCUCUGUAGUAGAGUAUCAGGGUCUUUUCUAAGUGAACUAACGCAACGUGCAUGUCCAUUGUGUUUAUACAGAUGUAUAUGUAACCCUGCAGAUUAAAAACAAAUUAAAAAGAA